AUGAUUUGUGAUGACGAUAACGAAUCAGACUCUCCUAUCUCGACAGCCGUACUAGGAUCUCCACGGACAGCAUCCCUAUCUAUCCAACAACAAGAAGUCAAUGCUUCAGAGCAUGACAACACACUGGCAUCACUAAUAGGAUCUGAGAACAGCGGAAAUGAGUUGGAAAUUCAAGAAGAAGUUGAAGCUGAUAGAGAGUUAACAACACAAGAUGCCUUGCAUAUAUUAUCAAAAGUAUGUGGUGACUAUGAAAUCAGCAACAAUGAAGAAGCAAUCAAGGCCACAAACACCAUUGUUGAUAUCAUAAAUGAGCAGGAAGACAGGGAGGAUACAGCUGCAUGCUCAAUUGUUGAGUAUAUGAUGCAAGAGGGUAUUGAAACAAUGGAUGACACACCUCCUGAAUGUAACGUGCAAAAACAAGGAUAUAGAGGGAAAGAGACGAUGCAUGAGGAAAAAGAAAAAACUUCUGAAAACGCAGAGAGAAGAAUGACUGUCUACCAGAACCCUGUUCCAUUCUCUGAGAUUCCACUGGCUGAAGCUAGAGAGAGACGGACUCAUGCUGAAAUGCGUCCCAGCCCAGUGCUACGCUCACCAUUUGAAAUACGAGCUGUGCACAUGAAACCAACCCUGAACCUGGAUGAAAGAGAUAUCUACCACUACAUAGUAGAAACUGAAGGAACAAAUGAUGAUACAUGUGCUUACACUAAUGGCUUUGUUUGGGCAAGCAAAGGAGUGUUUUCAUCUCUGAAACCUCAUACAGAAAUCAGUAUAGGUGUAAUUGAUGUAUGGGCAACAUACCUGAACUUCAGAGAAAAUGAAAGGGCAGUAACGUCACCUCCACGGUUGUUUCUAACAACAUCCCCAUGUUAUUUGAAUAUAACAAAUCGGGAGCCUCAUUGGAAUACAUUACAAUCCAAGAACAACUUUAUGUCACGAAUUGAUCAAGAGACUAGUAGAAUACAAGAUUUUGAUUGGAGAAAAGUUGAUUUGGUCUUCUUCCCAGUUUUUACAAGUGGCUAUUACUACCUCGUGAAAGAUAUGUUUGAGGCAUACUUCAAAGAGAAGAACAUAUCAGAGCUAUCACAAAAUAUAAAGAAAUCUCCAUACAAAGUUGUUCCUUUAGAUUGGGCCACAAGCACCAAUAAAGAAGACAGUGGUAUAUAUUUGAUGAGACACAUGGAAACUUACUUUGGCAGAAAGGAAAAGGAAUGGAAUAUUGGCUUUUCUCAACGUGGCACAAAGAUUCUACAGAUACUCAGAGGUAGAUAUUGCGAAGCGAUGCUUACAUCAAGGAGCAACAAGAAGUAUAUGGAUAUGGUACGCGUCGCUGAUGACUGGAUGAUAGCAAACAAGCACAGAUUGCCUGAGUUACAGAACAAGUUCAAGGAAUGGUUUAGCUGUAGAAGCAAGAAGUAA